UACUCUAGUCUGGAGUGAGCUAUGUUAUAUUUAGACUGAUGAAUUAACUAGUGUAUUUGACUGUGUUUCAGGGGAAACCAAAGUUGUUGGCGAUUAAUAAAAAAUAACAGGAAAAAACUAACUGGACAAGUGUUUGACAGAAAUGCUGAAGCACUUUAAUUAUCGGAUAAUUUUCCAACUGCAUUGCAGUUUGCUUCAAUGAAAUAUGUAAGUGAAAGAGAAUAUACAGCGACUGAAAAAAUGACGAAAUAUGAGAUGUAAUAUACUCUGAUAAACUAAGUUUAUCAGAGUAUAAACUUAGUUUAUACUCUGAAAAUUAAAAGAAGUGAAUUACGAAGAAAAACUCACAGAAAGUGUUUGUAUAAUGUAUAACUGUGACUUCAUUAAGGGGACCUGCAGAUAGUAAAGACAUGGUGUGAAGCCACGACAGGACAGCAGGUGAUAAUAAGACGAUCUAAGAUGGUGUCGGUGAUACGCGUCUCUCGGACGGUGCAAGACCGUGAUGUCACUGUUGAGUGACAUCAGAUACAGUGCAGGAAACUAUCAAGACAAUGUUGUUACUGUUGAGUGAGUGACACAUCAGAGACGGUGCAAGAGGCUGUCAGUACAAUGUUGUCACCGAGAGGAAUACUUGCUCUCGUCUGCUACUUUCUCCUGCCUCACUCCCUCACACACGCAGCGAAGAAAGGAGUGUGGCGGCGUGUGGAGGCGGUGUCUGGACGCGAGGCCGUCCUGCCCUGCGAAGUAGGUGUCCUCGACUCUUCAGAUAUGGUCUUCGUGGUCCUGUGGUACACCAACGGAGAGAAGGAACCCAUAUAUAGCUACGACAACCGGCCAGGGAGGCUUCAGGCUCCAGAAGACCGCCACACUAUCAAGAAACAGUUGCUGGAGGGUAGAGCCGUGUUCCGACCUGGCCAGGUGCCAGCUAUGCACAUCAAGCCUGUACUCAUGACAGAUCAGGCCAAUUACACCUGCAGGGUCGACUUUCGCAUAGCUUCUUCACGUCGCACACACCUGAGUCUGCAGGUGGUGGAACCUCCGGGUCAGCCGGUACUAAGGGUGGCAGGCCAGAAGAUCAGCGAGGGUGUGCUGGGACCCCUGCAGGAGGGCGCUAACCUGGCCAUCACCUGCAGCGUUGCUGGCGGCGUCCCUCCUCCAACACUACUCUGGAAGACUAACAAUCAGGUGUUGGAAUCUACAGUGGAGUCUCGGUCUGGGUCGUUGAGUGUGAACCAACUGGUGAUUAAGCAUCUGUCUCGUUCCUACCAUAACGUUCACUUAACCUGCGUUGCCACCAACAACAACGUCACGUCACCGGUUCACGCCUCCCUCACCAUCAUCAUGAACCUACGGCCGCUGUUUACCAGGCUGGAGUCACCACCCAAGUCGUUAAGGGUUGGCAAGGAGUACCACAUUACCUGUCUUGUGGCUGGGUCCCGUCCUCAACCCAACAUUACCUGGACUCUUGGCAACGUGGCAUCCCAUGCUCCCAUCCUAGCUCAGACGGAGCACGGGGUGAACACUAGCACGUCACAGGUGACGGUCACUGCGUCACGGAGUCAUCACGGUCAGCGUCUGACGUGUACGUCCAUCAACCCACUCUUCCCGGCCCAGCCACUCACAGACUCCAUUCUUCUUAACGUUACAUAUCCACCGGUGGCCACCAUUGAGCUGGGUCGUGGGGUGUCCUCCGUGGUCAAGGAAGGUCAAGAUGUGUACUUCAACUGUAAUGUAGAUUCCAAUCCUCCCACCUACAAGAUCUCCUGGUAUCGUGACGACAAAGCCAUCUACCACUCCCCGGAGGAUGGGGUAGUUGUGAGUGGGAACAGCCUGGCCCUUCGAGGGGUAACUCGACACUGGGCUGGUCCUUACGUCUGUUCAGCCUCCAACGUCGAGGGUGACGCCCACAGUGCACCUCUCAAUCUGACUGUGAGGUUCAAGGAUCGUCUUGUCUCUGAUGGUUCACAGGUGAGGUUCAAGGAUCGUCUUGUCUAUGAUGGUUCACAACUGAGGUUCAAGGAUCGUCUUGUCUAUCAUGGUUCACAAGUGAGGUUCAAGGAUCGUCUUGUCUAUGAUGGUUCACAGGUGAGGUUCAAGGAUCGUCUUGUCUCUGAUGGUUCACAGGUGAGGUUCAAGGAUCGUCUUGUCUCUGAUGGUUCACAGGUGAGGUUCAAGGAUCGUCUUGUCUAUGAUGGUUCACGAGUGAGGUUCAAGGAUCGUCUUGUCUAUGAUAGUUCACAGGUGAGGUUCAAGGAUCGUCUUGUCUCUGAUGGUUCACAGGUGAGGUUCAAGGAUCGUCUUGUCUCUGAUGGUUCACAGGUGAGGUUCAAGGAUCGUCUUGUCUAUGAUGGUUCACGAGUGAGGUUCAAGGAUCGUCUUGUCUAUGAUAGUUCACAGGUGAGGUUCAAGGAUCGUCUUGUCUCUGAUGGUUCACAGGUGAGGUUCAAGGAUCGUCUUGUCUCUGAUGGUUCACAAGUGAGGUUCAAGGAUCGUCUUGUCUAUGAUGGUUCACAGGUGAGGUUCAAGGAUCGUCUUGUCUCUGAUGGUUCACAGGUGAGGUUCAAGGAUCGUCUUGUCUCUGAUGGUUCACAAGUGAGGUUCAAGGAUCGUCUUGUCUAUGAUGGUUCACAGGUGAGGUUCAAGGAUCGUCUUGUCUCUGAUGGUUCACAGGUGAGGUUCAAGGAUCGUCUUGUCUCUGAUGGUUCACAGGUGAGGUUCAAGGAUCGUCUUGUCUCUGAUGGUUCACAGGUGAGGUUCAAGGAUCGUCUUGUCUCUGAUGGUUCACAAGUGAGGUUCAAGGAUCGUCUUGUCUAUGAUGGUUCACAGGUGAGGCUCAUUGAUCGCCUUGUCUCCGAUGGUUCACAAGUGUUUGAGGCUGUGACGGGACUAGGCCAGGUGAAGGUGACCUCCAAGUCUGCCAACUUCACCCUGGAGGGCCUGACUCCUGGACUUGACUAUGUGAUACACGUGGUAGCUACUAACGUCCUGGGCAGCUCCGACCCCGUCACUCUUGAAGCUUUUACCUACAAAAUGGCUGAAAACAGAAUGAGAGACGAGAAAGUGGAGGAACCUAAACCAGAGCCUAAACCAGAGAAAGGUGUUGUGUUGGAGAAGGUGGUGGUGGUGGGGGUGGUGGUGGCGGUGUCGGUGUUGGUGGUAGUAGUGGUGGUGGCUCGCUGCCUCUGGCUCACUAGGCAGCAAGAGGAACACAGCACCAGAAGCAGAAGUAGCAAAGUCCUAGCAUCUCCAGACCUCUCGCGAGGAACACACUCAGCAGCAGCAGCGACUGGCGGAGCAGGUAGCACACACACCGACGUUAACUUAGAUAUGGCAGACUUCAUGUUUGGUCUGCCUGGUCCUCCACCACCUCCUGCACCCUCACUACAGCACGAGAAGAAAUGACAGUUGCUUUACGCGUGCGGCCCUAGGCAUGACCAGUUAAAACUGUCAGUUAUAAGUGAGGAGUCCAAACUAACAGUUUUAACUGAUCCUCUGGACCUAGCCUAAGGCCCACGAAGAAAACGGUUCUGCCAACUUGGUUUAGUAAACACCGCACUUGACGAGGAGACAGUGAUGCCAACCACGGACUAGGUGGAUAUGCUGGCUUCUGAGGAAAGCCAACUUGAUCCUAUUUGGUAACAGUGGAGAAGAUGGUUCUCGCGCCAUCUGUAUGCUAUCUUCAAAAUCAAAACAAGCAUGUCUGGAUCCAAUGGUUGAUACUGACUGAGGGUAAUUUUACCUAGCAAUAGCUCUGUAACCCCUUAAGACCGUUAACAUUACUUGGUCUCCGAGCAAGAUGUAUAUGUGUGUGUGUGUAUCCUGCCAUUUACACAUAUAUGGAUGUCUGAUACUUUUCAAGGAAGAUCUAAAGAAGAUAUAUGGGAUUCCUGUCCUGUACAACCCACCUUCCCUCUUCUCGGCUGUCAGCUGGUCUCUUGAUAACAGUGUAAGACUUUACUUAACACUGAUCACCGUCUUAUAAAGAUGAUGAUAAGCAACCCUGGUACAGCUGGUUCUCAGACACGGGCACGAUGAUGACAGGUAGCGUUUGUGAUGGUGGUAGUAUAGUGUUGGUAAUGGUGGUAGUAUAGUGUUGGUAAUGGUGGUAGUAGUAUAGUGAUGGUGAUGGUAGCACAGUAGUGAUGGUGUUAUCGGAACAUUUAGUGGGGGAGGGUAUCCUCCCCACUACACUUGAACUACAAGUUCAAGAUACUGUCUCCACCUGCGUCUGUUCAGCUUUAUCUUCCUCACUGAGGCGGCUGGCACAACCUUAGUAACCUGACUGCUCAAACAGCGUCACUGUUAAGCUCCCCGCAGAAACUUAACUGCUGUCCAUGUUUUUAGCUGAAGUAACAUCGUGAGACGUAGUGGUUGACCAGAAAAUCUGCAUUAUUUUUGUGAUUUAAAAAGAAAAUACCGAUGUUAAUGGUUGUGUAAAUAUUAACAGAGUGUGGACUAGUCAUGUGGACAGCCUACUAUAUGGACAGCCUAGUAUGUGGACAGCCUAGUAUGUGGACAGCCUAGGCAUGUGGACAGCCUAGUUAUGCGAACAGGCUAGUUAUGCGGACUAAGAUUACAUUUCGCUAGGAUAGUGAAUAUCAUCCCCCAUGCUACCACCAUCUGCAUAAUAACAAAUGGAUGGUGGGGUUUCAUUCGUCAGGAAAAAAUGCAAGUGUUUCCUGAUGAUAACACCAUAAUUAAUUAAUUAAGCAUACGCUUGCCUACCGCAGAUAUGUUUUCCGCCCCACGUAGAAAAGAAAGGAUUGACACAGUAAAAACCAUAAGACUGGGAUUAUAUACAGGCAAAUGAUAAUUCUUACCUGCUCAUUGAUGAGAUGUGAAAAGCAAGAACAAUGCAAAAAAAAAUUUCACUGACGCAAGCAAGUUUUGUUUUGUAAACAAUAGCGGUCGAGUGCGGUGGAUUUUUUAAGCAAAAACAUCUGUUAUGAUGGCCGACUUGUGAUAAUAUUUGGUCUGUGAAGUGAAUGUGAUAAGUGUUAAUUAAAGUUUAUAUAUUUGAAUGACAUUUAACCAGUUGAAUGACGUGUUUACACACACACGCGCGCGCGCGCACACACACACGCACAUACACG